AUGGCGGCGACGUCGUCGAGGCGCGUGUCGUUGCCGGUCCUGGCGGCCGCCGCCGUGCUCCUGCUCGCGUCCGUAGCCGCGGGCGACGACCACAACGGCGUCUACGACCCGUGCGCGGACGCGUCGGUGCAGCGCGGGGACGGGUUCACCUUCGGGGUGGUCUUUUCCGGGCGCGACUCCUUCUUCUCCGGCGGCGUGCAGCUCUCCCCCUGCGACAGCCGCCUCGGUCUCGCAAACCGCGCGCCGCUCGCGCUCUAUCGCCCCCAGGUCGACGAGAUUUCGCUCCUCACCGUCAACUCCUCCUCCUUCGACCCGUCUUCUUCUGGUGGGUACAUGGUAGCUUUCGCCGGGAAGAAAUACGCAGCGAGGUCACCCCCGGUGUUCGUCGCCAACAUCUCGUACACAGUGACCGGCUUUACCCUGGUCUUGGAGUUCCAGAAGGGCACGCUCCAGAACCUGUUCUGGAAGCCCGGCGGGUGCUCGUCGUGCUCGGGGCGCUCCGACUUCGCGUGCGUGGACGGCAGCUGCGCGAUCAAGACGACGAGCUGCGGGGGCAAGGGCGGGCAGGUGGACUGCAACCCCGGGAUCCAGCUCGCGUUCUCCGGCACGGACAAGCACGAGGCCGUGCUCAACUCGUGGUACGAGGUGUCCAAGCUCCGGCAGUACUCCCUGUUCGGGCUCUUCUCCAACCUCAAGGACUCGCUGACCAGCCAGUUCAGCAGCUUCUUCUAG